CGGGCGCAGGGCCUCAGCCAGCCGGGCCGGGCGCCUUCCCGUGCCCUGGGCCGAGCCGUGACGCUCUGCUUCCCCGCCCACGGGGGCACCCGGCCCGGGCGGAGCGCCCCGGGCGAUGACACCCGGAUACCCGGCUCUGUGUUUGCGGCACGGGCAGCGGUCGCUCCCCAGCCGCUGCCAUAGCAGCGGGAGCCGGGGGCGGGCGUCUCGUCCCCCGGGAGCGGCGCGAGAGACGGCGGGAAGGUGGCCGCUCCCCAGCCGGCCCGGGCAGCGCCUGUGCCAGUGCCAGCCGGCCGCCGCGCGGGGAGGACGAUGUCUCGGGGGGUGCUGCGCGGCCCCGCCGCGUCCCACCGCCGCGCCCUGGAGAGCUCCGUCCAGGAUUUCAAGGUGGGGAACCUCCUGGGGAAGGGCUCCUUCGCAGGGGUCUACCGAGCAGUAUCCCUGAAAACGGGUCUGGAAGUGGCUAUCAAAAUGAUAGAUAAAAAAGCCAUGCACAAAGUUGGAAUGGUACAGAGGGUUCAAAAUGAGGUGAAAAUACAUUGUCAGCUAAAGCAUCCAUCUAUACUUGAGCUUUAUAACUAUUUUGAAGAUAGCAACUAUGUGUACUUGAUACUUGAGAUGUGUCACAAUGGCGAAAUGAGCAGAUACAUAAAGAACAGAAAGAAACCCUUUUCAGAAGAAGAAGCCCGACACUUCUUGCAUCAAAUUAUCACGGGUAUGCUGUAUCUUCAUUCUCAUGGAAUACUGCACCGGGACCUCACCCUUUCUAAUAUCUUACUCACCAAUAAUAUGAAUGUCAAGAUUGCUGAUUUUGGACUAGCAACUCAGCUGAAAAUGCCUCAUGAAAAGCAUUACACCAUGUGUGGAACUCCAAAUUACAUUUCUCCAGAGAUAGCCACGAGGAGUCCACAUGGACUUGAAUCUGAUGUGUGGUCUUUGGGCUGUAUGUUUUACACUCUCCUUAUUGGAAAGCCACCUUUUGACACUGACACUGUUAAGAACACGCUGAAUAAAGUGGUAUUAGCAGAUUAUGAAAUGCCAGCCUUUUUAUCAAGAGAGGCGCAAGACCUUAUACAUAGGUUACUUCGCAAAAAUCCAGCAGAUCGUUUGAGUCUUUCCUCAGUGUUGGAUCAUCCUUUUAUGUCCAGGUGUAGCUCUGCACGGAGUAAAGAUUCGGGAACUUCAGAAGAUUCCAUGGACAGUGGAAAUGCUACCAUCUCAACAACCUUCACAGGCUCUUCCAGCAUCAGUACCAGUGGUUGCUUAAAGGAGAAGAAGAAGCUGUUAGUUGGACAGCCACUCCCAAAUAAAAUGACUUUUUUUCCUAAAAACAAGAAUUCCAGUAAUCCUUCAUCUGUAGAUGGAAGUGGUUCUUUUCAUCAGUGGGGAAUUCAGGGAAAAGAAAUUGGUGCAACUGGCAGGGGAAGAACCAUGCAACUUGCUGAAGAGAGACCACAUUCACGCUACCUCCGAAGAGCCCACUCUUCAGAUAGGUCUGGCACAUCCCAUAGUCAGACUCAAGGCAUAUCGAAUAUUGUUGAGAGAUGUCACUCUAUGGAACUGCUUUCUAAGCCUAAAGUAGGAACAAGGGAAAACACAGAAUGCUUUUCACCUGCCAACAGCUAUACUGAUAUAGGAGAAAUAUUUAAGGAGAAGACUUCUAGUAGUUCUGGUUCUUUUGAAGGGCAAAUAUCUCCACCUGUCAAAGAUCAACCACACUCAAAUUAUCUCUGCCCAAUGAAGCCCCAGGUUGGUUUGUUAGAGCAGAAGUCCCAGGCUGAAACAAUGCAGCAGUGGCUUGGAAGCAUGCAAACAAAUGUUCCACUGAGACCACCUGCAGACCUAACUGGCAACAGUAAUGCACAGGGAGGUUUUCGGUAUCAUCUGGAUGUGCAGCAAGAUGCAUCAAGAAAUGCAUGGAACACCUUAAAAGGUGUAAGGAGUCAUGAUGCAUCUGUCGACUCUCCACAUUCUUUAAACCAGAGAAACCCAAAGAAAUACAACCCUGGAGUUCUCUGCAAAUCUGAGACAAUUCAACCAUCAUCUUCUACAUGUGGCCUUUGGUCAACUUCAGAACAAAACCAGAUGUGGGGCAAAGAACCACUAGCACAUCAGAAACCUACACUGCGAAGUAUAGUAUCACCUCUCAACGCUCACAGGCUAAAACCAAUCAGGCAAAAAACAAAAAAUGCAGUGGUGAGCAUUCUAGAUACUGGGGAAGUGUUUAUGGAGUUUCUAAAAGAACACCAUUCACAAGAACUUGUGAAAGAAGUUCUCAGAAUAUCUUGUGAUGGAAAUGUGAUUGCAGUUUAUCAUCCAAAUGAAGGAAGAGGUUUCCUUCUUGAUGACAGACCUCCUGCUCCUUCUGAAGACAUCUGUGUGUAUAAUUUUGACAACUUGCCAGAAAAGUACUGGAAAAAAUACCAGUAUGCAGCCAAGUUUGUACAGUUGGUAAGAACAAAAACCCCCAAAGUUACGUUCUACACAAGAUAUGCCAAAUGCAUGUUGAUGGAAAAUUCACCUGUUGCAGAUGUUGAAAUUUGUUUUUAUGAUGGAGCAAAGAUACACAAGACAGCUGGUAUAACUCGUGUGAUUGAAAAAUCGGGGAAAUCCUUCACUUUGAAAGGAGAAAGCGAAGCAGGUUUGAAGAAGGAAAUACAAGUUUAUAUGGAUCAUGCAAAUGAGGGACAUCGUAUAUGCCUUGCACUGGAAUCUGCUAUUUUGGAAGAAGAAAAAAGGAGUGAAAGUGUUCCAUUUUUUCCAAUAAUUGUUGGAAGAAAACCUGGCAAUACUGAAUCGCCACAGGCUGCAGCACCCCCACUGUUGGACAAUACAAACUGUUCAAAAGAAGUUAUGGCACUGGAUAGAAACUUAGCUGCCAGUUCUACUCCAGUUCAAACUCCAAACUGUACUCCUUCUGUGGUGUCGUAUGAAAAGUCUACAUUUAUGCCUAACACUGCUGAAACCACGUGCUCCUCUGUUCAUCAAAUGGAAUGCAGUCCAAAUUCAGCCCAACUUUUAAAAUCUGUCUUUGUGAAAAAUGUUGGUUGGGCUUCUCAGCUGACCAGCGGAGCAGUAUGGGUUCAGUUUAAUGAUGGAUCCCAACUGGUAGCCCAAGCAGGUGUUUCUUCUAUCACUUACACAUCUCCAGAUGGCCAGACAACUAGGUAUGGAGAAAAUGAUAAAUUGCCAGAGUACAUCAAAGAGAAGCUGCACUGUCUGUCUUCUAUUCUUGUGAUGUUUACCAAUCCAGCUGGUCCCCACUGAUUAAAGCAAAGGGGGUGUCAGGACACAGAGCUUAAUAAACUCACUCACUGACUUUUAUGUGACUUAUCUUACUCAGCUUAUGCAGAAAUUCUUCCAAAAGCUGGUAAAAAAAAUGGGAAGGGUUGCUCUGUUUAUGUGUAGCAAAUUGCUUGUAAAGUAUCACACAAACCAUGUUUUUCAUCAAAAUGAUGGAUAAACUUGCUCAAGCAAAACUUUGAGCAACUUGGUUCUAGACAGCAUCAACUUUUUGGAAAUAAUCUGAAUCUGUUGUAUUUUUUCUUCCCCCGCUGCUUACUCAGUGCCACCAAUCAAGGAAAAAGCAUCUGUGCUGUUGAAGUGUUUGUAUUUGUAAAUAACGUAUAUUUUUUAAGUCUUACAAGUAAUAUAUGUAAAUAUGUAUAUGUUUUAUAACUUUGUUUUUAUUUUUUGUAGCAGCAGCUUAAACUUCCCUGCACAAGCAUUUCAUACAAAAAAAAAAAAUAAAUGCAGUGGUAACUGUCCAGAUCUAUUUGUUUUAUGUUUAAGUGAUGGUUUAUUGACAGCCCUUUCUUCUAAUUAGUAAACUCAAUUUCUAUCUUAGAGCAUCAUAUAUUGGGAGUUUAGGGUUGGGUGGAAGCUUAGGGAGAAACAUAUAAACCUGUUAAAGUUACGUCUA